UUCAAGCAAUUCUCCGCCUGAGCCUCCCGAGUAGCUGGGAUUACAGGCACACGUCAGUAUGCCCGGCUACUUCUUGUAUUUUUAGUAGAGAUGAAAUCUCACCAUGUUGGCCAGGCUGGUCUUGAACUCCUGACCUCAAACAAUCCACCCACCUUGGUCUCCCAAAGUGUUGGGAUUACAGUCAUGAGCCAUUGCGCCGUUUUUUUUUUUUUUUGAGUGAGCAUGUAUUACUUCUAUAUUCAGAGGAAAAAAUAGCGGUAGAUAUAUCAAUUCAUCUCUCUUUUCCCCUUAAAGAUAAGUAAGAGCUGGGCGCGGUGCCUCAUGCCUAUAAUCCCAGCACUUUGGGAGGCCAAGGUGGGCAGACCACGAGAUCAGGAGUUUGAGACCAGCCUGGCCAACAUGGUGAAACCCCGUCUCUACUAAAAGAUACAAAAAAUUAGCCAGGUAUGGUGGCACGCACCUGUAAUCCCAGCUAUUCUGGAGGCUGAGGCCGGAGAAUCACUUGAACUCAGGAGGCGGAGGCGGCAGUGAGCCGAGAUCGCGCCAUUGCUCUCCAGCCUGGGCAACAGGGCAAGACUCUGUCUUAAAAAAAAAAAAAAAAAAGAUAAAUAAGAAAAGCUUUGCAAAGGCCUUGCAUGAGCAGGGCCUUUCACAAUGGUCCUAUGAGGCGUGGAUGUUGUGUUCACAGCGAUCCUAUGAGGUGUGGAUGUUGUGUUCACAGGGAUCCUAUGAGGUGUGGAUGUUGUGUUCACAGGGAUCCUAUGAGGUGUGGAUGUUGUGUUCACAACAGUCCUAUGAGGUGUGGAUGUUGUGUUCACAGUGAUCCUAUGAGGUGUGGAUGUUGUGUUCACAACAGUCCUAUGAGGCGUGGAUGUUGUGUUCACAGGGAUCCUAUGAGGUGUGGAUGUUGUGUUCACAACGGUCCUAUGAGGUGUGGAUGUUGUGUUCACAGGGAUCCUAUGAGGUGUGGAUGUUGUGUUCACAGGGAUCCUAUGAGGUGUGGAUGUUGUGUUCACAGCGAUCCUAUGAGGUGUGGAUGUUGUGUUCACAGGGAUCCUAUGAGGUGUGGAUGUUGUGUUCACAGGGAUCCUAUGAGGCGUGGAUGUUGUGUUCACAGGGAUCCUAUGAGGUGUGGAUGUUGUGUUCACAGAGAUCCUAUGAGGUGUGGAUGUUGUGUUCACAGAGAUCCUAUGAGGUGUGGAUGUUGUGUUCACAGGGAUCCUAUGAGGUGUGGAUGUUGUGUUCACAGGGAUCCUAUGAGGUGUGGAUGUUGUGUUCACAGCGAUCCUAUGAGGCGUGGAUGUUGUGUUCACAGGGAUCCUAUGAGGCGUGGAUGUUGUGUUCACAGGGAUCCUAUGAGGCGUGGAUGUUGUGUUCACAGGGAUCCUAUGAGGCGUGGAUGUUGUGUUCACAGGGAUCCUAUGAGGCGUGGAUGUUGUGUUCACAGGGAUCCUAUGAGGCGUGGAUGUUGUGUUCACAGGGAUCCUAUGAGGCGUGGAUGUUGUGUUCACAGGGAUCCUAUGAGGCGUGGAUGUUGUGUUCACAGGGAUCCUAUGAGGCGUGGAUGUUGUGUUCACAGGGAUCCUAUGAGGUGUGGAUGUUGUGUUCACAGAGAUCCUAUGAGGUGUGGAUGUUGUGUUCACAGGGAUCCUAUGAGGUGUGGAUGUUGUGUUCACAGAGAUCCUAUGAGGCGUGGAUGUUGUGUUCACAGUGAUCCUAUGAGGCGUGGAUGUUGUGUUCACAACGGUCCUAUGAGGUGUGGAUGUUGUGUUCACAGAGAUCCUAUGAGGUGUGGAUGUUGUGUUCACAGGGAUCCUAUGAGGUGUGGAUGUUGUGUUCACAGCGAUCCUAUGAGGCGUGGAUGUUGUGUUCACAGGGAUCCUAUGAGGCGUGGAUGUUGUGUUCACAGCGAUCCUAUGAGGCGUGGAUGUUGUGUUCACAGGGAUCCUAUGAGGCGUGGAUGUUGUGUUCACAGGGAUCCUAUGAGGCGUGGAUGUUGUGUUCACAGGGAUCCUAUGAGGCGUGGAUGUUGUGUUCACAGGGAUCCUAUGAGGCGUGGAUGUUGUGUUCACAGGGAUCCUAUGAGGUGUGGAUGUUGUGUUCACAGAGAUCCUAUGAGGUGUGGAUGUUGUGUUCACAGGGAUCCUAUGAGGUGUGGAUGUUGUGUUCACAGGGAUCCUAUGAGGUGUGGAUGUUGUGUUCACAGGGAUCCUAUGAGGUGUGGAUGUUGUGUUCACAACGGUCCUAUGAGGUGUGGAUGUUGUGUUCACAGGGAUCCUAUGAGGUGUGGAUGUUGUGUUCACAACGAUCCUAUGAGGUGUGGAUGUUGUGUUCACAACAGUCCUAUGAGGUGUGGAUGUUGUGUUCACAGUGAUCCUAUGAGGUGUGGAUGUUGGGUUCACAGUGAUCCUAUGAGGUGUGGAUGUUGUGUUCACAGGGAUCCUAUGAGGUGUGGAUGUUGUGUUCACAGGGAUCCUAUGAGGUGUGGAUGUUGUGUUCACAGGGAUCCUAUGAGGUGUGGAUGUUGUGUUCACAGGGAUCCUAUGAGGUGUGGAUGUUGUGUUCACAGGGAUCCUAUGAGGUGUGGAUGUUGUGUUCACAACGGUCCUAUGAGGUGUGGAUGUUGUGUUCACAGGGAUCCUAUGAGGUGUGGAUGUUGUGUUCACAACGAUCCUAUGAGGUGUGGAUGUUGUGUUCACAACAGUCCUAUGAGGUGUGGAUGUUGUGUUCACAGUGAUCCUAUGAGGUGUGGAUGUUGGGUUCACAGUGAUCCUAUGAGGUGUGGAUGUUGUGUUCACAGGGAUCCUAUGAGGUGUGGAUGUUGUGUUCACAGGGAUCCUAUGAGGUGUGGAUGUUGUGUUCACAGGGAUCCUAUGAGGUGUGGAUGUUGUGUUCACAGGGAUCCUAUGAGGUGUGGAUGUUGUGUUCACAGGGAUCCUAUGAGGUGUGGAUGUUGUGUUCACAGUGAUCCUAUGAGGCGUGGAUGUUGUGUUCACAGGGAUCCUAUGAGGCGUGGAUGUUGUGUUCACAGUGAUCCUAUGAGGCGUGGAUGUUGUGUUCACAGGGAUCCUAUGAGGCGUGGAUGUUGUGUUCACAGAGAUCCUAUGAGGCGUGGAUGUUGUGUUCACAGGGAUCCUAUGAGGUGUGGAUGUUGUGUUCACAGGGAUCCUAUGAGGCGUGGAUGUUGUGUUCACAGUGAUCCUAUGAGGCGUGGAUGUUGUGUUCACAGGGAUCCUAUGAGGUGUGGAUGUUGUGUUCACAACGGUCCUAUGAGGUGUGGAUGUUGUGUUCACAGAGAUCCUAUGAGGUGUGGAUGUUGUGUUCACAGGGAUCCUAUGAGGUGUGGAUGUUGUGUUCACAGCGAUCCUAUGAGGUGUGGAUGUUGUGUUCACAGGGAUCCUAUGAGGUGUGGAUGUUGUGUUCACAGGGAUCCUAUGAGGUGUGGAUGUUGUGUUCACAGAGAUCCUAUGAGGUGUGGAUGUUGUGUUCACAGGGAUCCUAUGAGGUGUGGAUGUUGUGUUCACAGGGAUCCUAUGAGGCGUGGAUGUUGUGUUCACAGCGAUCCUAUGAGGUGUGGAUGUUGUGUUCACAGAGAUCCUAUGAGGUGUGGAUGUUGUGUUCACAGGGAUCCUAUGAGGUGUGGAUGUUGUGUUCACAGCGAUCCUAUGAGGUGUGGAUGUUGUGUUCACAGGGAUCCUAUGAGGUGUGGAUGUUGUGUUCACAGCGAUCCUAUGAGGUGUGGAUGUUGUGUUCACAGAGAUCCUAUGAGGUGUGGAUGUUGUGUUCACAGGGAUCCUAUGAGGUGUGGAUGUUGUGUUCACAGCGAUCCUAUGAGGUGUGGAUGUUGUGUUCACAGCGAUCCUAUGAGGUGUGGAUGUUGUGUUCACAGUGAUCCUAUGAGGUGUGGAUGUUGUGUUCACAACAGUCCUAUGAGGUGUGGAUGUUGUGUUCACAGGGAUCCUAUGAGGUGUGGAUGUUGUGUUCACAAUGAUCCUAUGAGGUGUGGAUGUUGUGUUCACAACAGUCCUAUGAGGUGUGGAUGUUGUGUUCACAGGGAUCCUAUGAGGUGUGGAUGUUGUGUUCACAGCGAUCCUAUGAGGUGUGGAUGUUGUGUUCACAGUGAUCCUAUGAGGUGUGGAUGUUGUGUUCACAGUGAUCCUAUGAGGUGUGGAUGUUGUGUUCAGAGUGAUCCUAUGAGGUGUGGAUGUUGUGUUCACAGGGAUCCUAUGAGGUGUGGAUGUUGUGUUCACAGUGAUCCUAUGAGGUGUGGAUAUUCUUUUCCCCUUAGUUUUACAGAUAAGGAACCUCAAAAGCUCCAGAGCAUUUGGCCCCAGGGGCAGGGCUCGCAUGCAGGCCUCACUUCUGAGGUCCUUCCCGGUCCUACAGCUGCCUCCCUUAGGUAGCAGAUCAGCUAAGCAGAUUCUCUGGGCUGCCCUGGACGCAGUUGUCAGAACUCUAUAGCCUUCUUGUCUUGCUUUUCUCCACAUCUCCUAGGAAGCCUCUUUCUUUUACUUGUAGGGGUUGGAACUAGUGUUCUACUGUCUAAACGGGGUGUCU